ACUCCUCGUUCGUCCCGUCGCAGCUUAUCAUCGUGUGUUUGCUAAAGUGGCUAGCCGCCGAGAAAGUGGGUGUAAUGGACAGAUGCGAACGCUAACAUCAGCCGAAUAACACACCUGUCAACACACCUUUCCUUGCAAGUGCAGCCAUGUUCGGCAGGUCACGGAGCUGGGUUGGAGGACAGGGGAGGUCGAAAAAUAUCCAUUCACUGGACCAUUUAAAGUACAUGUACCACGUCCUGACCAAGAACACCACCGUGACAGACAACAACCGCAACCUCCUGGUGGAGACCAUCCGCUCCAUCACAGAGAUCCUCAUCUGGGGGGACCAGAAUGACAGCUCUGUGUUUGACUUCUUCCUGGAGAAAAACAUGUUUGCCUUCUUCCUGAACAUCCUGCGACAGAAGUCCGGCCGCUACGUGUGUGUUCAGCUUCUUCAGACCCUCAACAUCCUCUUUGAGAACAUAAGCCACGAGACUUCCCUAUAUUACCUCUUAUCCAACAACCACGUGAACUCCAUCAUCGUCCACAAAUUUGACUUUUCAGACGAGGAGGUCAUGGCCUACUAUAUCUCCUUCCUCAAGACGCUCUCACUCAAACUCAACAAUCACACCGUGCAUUUCUUCUACAACGAGCACACUAAUGACUUUGCCCUGUACACUGAGGCCAUUAAGUUUUUCAACCACCCCGAAAGCAUGGUCCGCAUUGCGGUGCGCACCAUCACGCUGAACGUCUACAAAGUGGACAACCAGCACAUGCUGCACUACAUCCGAGAUAAGACGGCGGUGCCAUAUUUCAGCAACUUGGUCUGGUUCAUCGGCAGCCAUGUCAUCGAACUGGACAAGUGCGUGCAGACGGACGAAGAGCACAAAAACCGAGGCAAGUUAAGCGGCUUGGUAGCAGAGCACCUUGACCACCUUCACUAUCUGAACGACAUCCUCAUCAUCAACUGUGAAUUCCUCAAUGACGUUCUGACGGACCACCUCCUAAACCGCCUCUUCUUACCGCUCUAUGUCUACUCUUUGGUUAGCCAUGAAUCGCCUGAAGAGCGAAAGAUCAACCCUCAGGUGUCCCUGUACCUGCUGUCUCAAGUGUUUCUCAUCAUCCACUACCAUCCCCUCGUCAACGCCCUGGCUGAUGUAAUUCUGAACGGAGACCUGUCUGUCUUCAUCCCACAGAUGGACAAUCACAGCACACACAAGAACACAGCCAGCUCCGCAGCGGUGCGCCGCUUCACCAAGCCGGCAGAGUCUUUGGAACGCUCGCUGGAGCUUUCCCGCCACCGUGGUCGCAAAAGGACCCAGAAGAGGCCAAACUACAAGAACCUGGGAGAGGAGGAGGACGAUGGGAGUGCUGGAGGCGGCAGCAGCCGGGAAGCGGGCGAGGAGGGCUGGGAAGAUGGUGGCAGAGGAGGAGAGAGGGAGAAGGGAAAAGGUACAGAGCUUGUGGGAGCAGGUGGGAGUUCUAAGGCGAGCAGAGCGAGUGGGGAAGCGGCGGAAGAGAUCGAGAUGGUGGUGAUGGACACUUGUAAAGUGACGGAGCUGACCGAGCAGAACAUCACAGACGAAGAAAAGACGGAAGCUGCCACGCGCUCACACACCCACAGAAGCAGGCCCUUCUUGGACAUGGUGUACAGCGCCCUUGACUGCACUGACGAUGACUACCAUGCCCUGUUUGUCCUCUGCCUGCUUUAUGCCGUCUCACACAGCAAAGGCAUCAACGGUGAUCUCCUGGAGAGGUUGCAGCUGCCAGUCCCCGACCAGGAGAGAAGUUCCUACAGUUUGGUUCUUGCAGAGAGGCUGAUCCGAGUCAUGAGUCUGGCAGCACAGCCAGAUGGUAGAGUGCGUCUUGCCACCCUGGAACUCAGCUGCCUGCUACUGAAACAGUCCGUCUUGUCUGGAAGUCAGUGCAUCAUCAAAGACGUUCACCUGGCCUGCCUGGAGGGAGCGAGAGAAGAAAGUCUCCAUCUGCUGCGUCGAUUCUACAAGGGCGAGGAGAUCUUUCUCGACAUGUUUGAAGACGAAUACAGGAGCAUGACCAGUAAACCGCUGAACGUGGAGUAUUUGAUGAUGGACGCCUCCAUACUGCUGCCACCCACCGGCACGCCUCUGACAGGCAUCGACUUUGUCAAGCGGCUGCCUUGUGGAGAUGUGGAGAAGACACGCAGGGCCAUCCGAGUGUUCUUCAUGCUGCGGUCGCUGUCAUUGCAGCUCCGAGGAGAACCGGAGACACAGCUGCCUCUGACCAGACUCGAAGACCUCAUCAAGACCGAUGAUGUCUUAGAUCUCAAUAACAGUGACCUAAUAGCGUGUAUGGUGGUCAGCAAAGAUGGCGGCCAGGCUCAAAGGUUCCUCGCUGUGGACAUCUACCAGAUGAGUCUGGUGGAGCCGGAAACCAAACGCCUCGGAUGGGGUGUCGUCAAGUUUGCAGGCCUAUUACAGGACAUGCAGGUGUCUGGCGUGGAAGACGACAGCAGAGCGUUGAACAUCGUGAUCCACAAGCCCAGCUCCAACCCUCACGCCAAGCCGCUGCCCAUCCUGCAGGCCAACUUCAUCUUCGCCGACCACAUCCGCUGCAUCAUUGCCAAGCAGAGGCUGGCGAAAGGUCGCAUCCAGGCCAGGCGCAUGAAAAUGCAAAGGAUUGCAGCUCUGUUGGACCUGCCCGUCCAGCCAAGUACCACAGAAGUGCUGGGUUUCGCCCAGACAGCCAACGCCUCGCCCAGCGCGCUCCCUUUCCGCUUUUACGAGCAGUCCAGGCGAGCGCCCAAUGACCCCACGGCCGGCCGUGCCGUCUUCGCCUCGGUGGACAAAGUCCCAGGCUUCGCCGUAGCACACUGCGUGUCGCAACACAGCCCAUCUCCUCUGUCCUCGCCGUCCACGCCCACCAGCGGGAGCGGCAGCACAGGAAGAUGCGACUCUGUCACCGCCAGCUCUAUUUCAGCUCAGAGCCCCACAGAUGACGGCAACUUCUUGGAGCACACCCCUCCCCCGUCAUCGUGCGGAGAAGGGGGGGAAGGGGCCUCCUCCGCCCAGGGCCCGGCCCUGGCUCCCAGCCUCACCCCGGCCUCCCAGCCCACCAUCUCGCUCCUCACGGACGGCGGCGCCGACACCUUGAGCGUGGACUCGCUGACCCUGCUGCCCCCUGCGGACCUGCACCCUUGUGCCGCCCACCAGCCCGCCACCCUCCCCUUCCUCCAGAGACUAGACGAGGCGAGCGAUGAGGAAGACAAAGGGAGAGCGAGGAGAGAGGAGGAAACAGAAGAUACACACUUUUCAGGUGAGCACGUCUUUGUGGGGACCGGCUCACCUGCUGAGCAGGAAGAAAAAACUGUCCAUGAGACAGAAGAUGCAGACUCAGCAGAUUCUCCAGAACUGGACUAACAACACACACACACACACACACAGGUCGGGUGUGACGUGUGUUUACCAGAAGACAUGACAGAAAGCACACAGACUUCAUUGUCAUGCAGGACACUUUUUAGCCGCGUCCAACCAGCAGCCUUUUUUUUUUUAACUGACCAGAUGUGAUGUUUUAGAAGAUCUAUUUUUAUGUCUUACGUUCACAUCGCCACUUGUGCUGUCACUCUCUACUAUGCUAAACACACACACACACACACACACACACACACACACACACUGUCAGCUGCACAAGCCUUUUCUGCACUAGUAGCGUGUGUGUGUGUGGUUAUGGAGAAUGUAGGCAUGGAUGUAUGAAUGUAUGCAUUACAAAAUACAACUUAAGCUGCACUACACGAUUGGUCCACACAUGCGCAAAGGCGACGUCACUUCCUGUCAAACAUGUCACUUCCUGUCAUCUUUAUUUUACCAUCACAAUAUUUUGGUGCUCAAUCGUGCACACUGUCACUGGUACCAUGCUUUUCUUUUUUUAGUCAUCUUUAUUUCAAAUCCAAUCCAAACUGGAUUCUUUUAGCACUUUUCAUACACGGGAAAGUUACAACGCAGAGUGUUCUAAAUCAGUUUAAAAAUGGAACUCAACACAAACAACACCAUUGACACUAACAAGACACAGCAUGGCACUGAGGAAAACAACAUUUCAGGCGGCCACACGAGAAUACCUUUGAAAUUAAUGUUGGCGGAAAAAACAAUAACACAAUUAUAUAUAUACAUACAUAUAUAUAUAUAUAUAUAUAUAUAUAUAUUUAUAUAUAUAUAUUUAUAUAAUAUAAUUAUAUAUUAUAAAUGAUAUAAUAAUAUCAUAUUUUAAUAAAAAUAUAACAAAUAAGGGUGUCAAACUUGUUUCUAUUGAGGGCCACAUCACAGUUCUGACUGCUUUCAGAGGGCAGCUUGUAACUGUGAAUAAAUAUGAUUUAAUCUAAAUGUAUAAUCGCCUGUUACGCAAUUUACAAAUUUGACUGUUAGAUUGUUUUACCGCACAAAAUAAUGGACAACUUGCUGUGAAAUCAUAGGUCAGGAUGACAAGCAGAUAUUUCAGCAUUUCAUGUUUUACAAAAAUAGAAAUAAUACUGUAUAUAAUUUUUCUGUGAUCAGUUAAUAAUAAAAUUUAAAAGAUGCAGUAAAUUAUUUCUUCUGUCAAAAUUGAAAGAAGGAAUAUAUUUAGUAGGAACGAUGAAGUACUUUACUGACGCACAUUAUUUUCAGGCCGUCUGGGGCCACAUAAGUUGAUGUGGGGGGCCUCGAAUUUGACACCGGUGAUAUCGAACAUUAAAUACCAAACAAUAUUCAAUAAUAAAUGAUCACCGUCACCAUGGUGACAAUCGACUGUUACUAACUGACCGUACAAAAACCCCAACGUGUCCACUAACAAAUGACAAAAUAAGCAAUGUUUUUGGUUGUUGUUUUUUUUACAAAGAAAUCAAUGCAACAUUAAUGCCAAAUUGCAAACUCUACUCAUAGACAUUAUUGUUUAAAUGUACACAAAAAAAAAGUAUCAUAAAGUAUCACAGCGUGUGACGUCGCAGAAGCUCUGCCGCGAUCCCCGUGAGUCAAGGAAGUGACGUAGGCCGCCACGUGUGGAACAAUCCAGUAGUAGGGGUGUGAGUCUUUGGGCACCGAACCAUUCGAUUCGGAAACAAUUCUUGAUUCAAACCGAUAUUCGAUUCAAACCGAUUCUUGCAUUGUAAUUUUUUGUGUAGUAAUUUGUGUGAGUUUUUGGACACCGAAUGAUUCGAUUCAGAAACGAUUCUUGAUUCAAACCGAUUCUCGAUUCAAACCGUUUCUUGCAUUGUUUUUUGGGGUUUAGUAGGGGUGUGAGUCUUUGGGCACUGAACCAUUUGAUUCAGAAUCGAAUCUCAAUUCAAACCAAUUCUCGAUUCAAACCGAUUCUUGCAUUGUAAUUUUUGGUGUAAUAGGGGUGUGAGUCUUUGGGCACCGAACCAUUCGAUUCGGAAACAAUUCUUGAUUCAAACCGAUAUUCGAUUCAAACCGAUUCUUGCAUUGUAAUUUUUUGUGUAGUAAUUUGUGUGAGUUUUUGGACACCGAAUGAUUCGAUUCAGAAACGAUUCUUGAUUCAAACCGAUUCUCGAUUCAAACCGUUUCUUGCAUUGUUUUUUGGGGUUUAGUAGGGGUGUGAGUCUUUGGGCACUGAACCAUUUGAUUCAGAAUCGAAUCUCAAUUCAAACCAAUUCUCGAUUCAAACCGAUUCUUGCAUUGUAAUUUUUGGUGUAAUAGGGGUGUGAGUCUUUGGGCACCGAAUGAUUCGAUUCCCGAUUCAAACCGAUUCUUGAUUCACAUCGAUUCUUGCAUUGUAUUUUUUGGUGAAGUAGGAGUGUGAGUCUUUGGGCACCGAACCAUUUGAUUCGGAAUCGAUUCUCGAUUCAAACCGAUUCUCGAUUCAAACCGAUUCUUGCAUUGUGUUUUUGGUGUAGUAGUAGUAAUAAUAAUAAUAAUAAUAGUACACUUUUUCAAAACAGGUUACAGGUUAGAAAAUCAACUUCUGGUUGCAUGGAGAUGGUCUAAAAACAUAUUUUUAAAAACAGGUUUUUAUUUCAGAAGAACAAUUGAAUAUGUUUUUUUAAUCGAUUAUUGAAAAUGAUUAAUUGAUUCCGAAUCGGGAUGAGUAGGAAUCGCGAUUCGGAGGCGAAUCGAUUUUUUUUUGCGCACCCCUACAGAGUAGCAACAACGUCAUGAAAAAAAAUCAUUGGAAUUUGCGUUUUUAAUUCCGGACUACGAAUAUGUGCACAAUUUGUUAUUGACAACCGAUAUAUUUCACGAUUGAAUUAAAAUACAACAAAUAAUCCGACUCACUGGCUCACAAGUGACGACAUUAGUGCGUGACGUCUCAUUCAUGCGAUCGCUCCUCUUCCAAGUGAAUAAUGACAGCGCCCAUCUUGAAUUGAUCCUCCUAAUUAUCAAUCAAUCAAUCAAUGUUUAUUUAUAUAGCCCUAAAUCACAAGUGUCUCAAAGGGCUGCACAAGCCACAACGACAUCCUCGGUACAGAGCCCACAUAAGGGCAAGGAAAAACUCACCCCAGUGGGACGAUUAAUGGCCGUUGACCUUUGGAGGCGUUCAAACACACACGGACAUCUUUGGUUUCACUUUCAUCUGCUUGGUUCUCACGCGUUCAGCUUGCAGGCCUGCCUGGAUAAAAUCAUGUGUGUGAUGAGAAUCAUGUGUUGGAGUCAGAAUGGAAGACACGCGAGCAAGCAGUCACGCCAGAUUUGAUGAUUCAGUGUUUCCUUCCUGCUGUGGAAGACCAACGACUGAGAGGAUGGCCACAUCAUUCCAUUGAGGUGCGUCUUUUCUCUUAUCGAACGUCAGCGAGGAAGGUUCAUUGGUAUCUCGCAUUACCAAAGCUUUUUUUCACACUGGAUUGAUGGAACUGAUUUUUUUUUAUAUUCAAUUAUGUGUUUACAGUGUUUCAAAAAGUCAGUGUAAAAAAAAUUCAGUGUAAAAAAAAAAAUCAGUGUGUAAAAAUACAAGUGUGUAAAAAUCUGCCUUAAAAUUCAGUGAAAAAAUUCUGUGUAAAAAAUUAUUGGAACUGAAUUUUUUGUUAGAAUUUUGUGAACUGAUUUUUUUUACAUGAAAUUAUGUAUUUAAAAAGUCAGUUUGUGAAAAUACAGUGUAAAAAAAUAUUCAGCGCUCAAAAAUUCAGUGUGUAAAAAUUCCCCCUUUAAAAUUAAGUAAAAAAUUAUUGGAACUGAAUUUUUUGCGUUUGAAUUUUGCAAAUAGAUUUUUUUUUUAUAUCAAUUUGUUCAAAUACAGGGUUUCAAAAAUUCAGUGCUAAAAAAGUCGGUGUAAAAAAUAGAAGUGUGGAAAAAUUCAGCCUUAAAAUUCAGUGAAAAAAAUUCUGAGUAAAAAACAUAUUGGAACUGAAUUUUUUGCGUUUGAAUUUUGUGAACUGAUUUUUUUUACAUUAAAUUAUCCAUCCAUCCAUCCAUCCAUUUUCU